GGCUUUUUUACUGUCACGGGGAAUGUGGUUUUUUUAAGGGAUUAAAUGCGCUAGAGGAAGGGGAAGGCCAGGGAAUUUGAACUACAAGUCCCAGCAUACAUCUUACCGACCCACCUCCUCAGUCCCUGCUCCCUCCCUCAACCGCCCCUGUUUUGUUGUUUGGCUAAAGAUGGCGUUAGCGGCUAACACAGACGACUGGAUUUUGUUUCACAAAAAUUAUUCGGCCAGUGGUAACAAAACAUUGAUCAAAUAGAGCUUUAAUUCGUCAUUUGAUGUGCCAAAAUAUGUUACACUGAGCAAAUACACGUCCAUUACGUAGAAUAACGUUUGUGCGGCCUUCUUACGAUGUAGGCCCGUUUUUUAGGGAGUGGACCGAAGCGAUUGGAACUCCAUCUCCCGUCAGGGAGUGCGGCGUCAGCAGUACCAUGGCUGCAUCACCUGUUCAGGGUGACUGGAAACCACCUCGAACCUCCAGAGAAGGGCACCAAUCAUCACCAGAGUCUUCUUUGACGUGGUGCCUGGCACACCUCUGCAAACCUGGAUCAAAGGCUGAACAUCACUGCCAUGGCAAGGCAGACACAGGCGGUGGUAGAGAAAUGGAUAAGAAGUCCAGAGUCUUUCAGUGGCGAGCCCUGGUUGCUAUCCGGACGCAGCACAUCAAGGGUGACAAGGCUGGCAUUGCCAGAUUCAGAACUCAAGGUGGUCUCAAACCCCUGCUGGACCUGCUCAAACACCCAGAGUGCUCCAGGAAAACCCUUGACCUGGCUCUGAGCAUCCUGGCAAACUGCUGCACUGAGCUGGAGACACGUGUAGAGGUUCGCAAGCUUGAUGGAAUAAAUAUAGUAGUGGAGAUCCUGAAGAGAAAUGUAGCCCUGGAGACGGUCCAGAACAGAGCAGCCCGGGCUUUGGGAAAUUUGGCCAUGGAUCCAGAGAGCUCUGCACUUAUCCACUCUUCCGGUGGUGUUCCUCUUCUCCUCCUUUGUGUGUCUAUUUCUUCUGGCCCGUCGUCCCCCACUGCCGCUACCCCCAAAGACCAGUGUCCUAAACUGGAGUGUGCUCAGUCGGCUGCUCGGGCUCUCCUCUACCUCUCAGAUACGCCCUCCAACCGCCUCUCACUACUCACCCAAGGGACCUUAUCUGCUCUCGCCCCUCUCAUCGCUCCAGAAUAUCCCCAGGCGCUGAGACGUGUGGCGCUCAGGACCCUCCACGAGCUGACCCGGGGCUGUGGUGUUGAAUGCGCCAGGGAGGUGUCCCGUUCUGGAGUCCUCAAUCAGCUCGGUGUCAUGGCGUCAGGGGAGGCGGGUAAACCUUUUGAGGAGCUGGCACUGAAAACCCUGGCCAACAUGUGCUCCCAAGGCUGCCUGCGCCCUUUUGUGGGGUCACUGGGGAUCAUUCGGAAGUUCACUGAGGAGGUCAAGAAGGACCCACUGAGGUCUGGAGUCUUCCUCAAGGCGCUGUGCUUGUGCUGCAAGGAGGCGGUUAACCGUGCUAAGGUGAAGGAGAGUGGUGGACUGGAGGUGCUCAUUAGCUUUUUGGCUGCCCAUCAGAGUCCCCCUCUUUCCCGACUAGCUAUCCUGGCGUGUGUAGACUUUGUUUUUGAUGAAUCCGCUAUGGACCAGUUGCAAGAGUUAGGGCUGGUCCCUCUGCUUAUUUCACGACUAGUCGAGCUCACCAGAGGUGAGGAACAACCCGCUGAGAAGAUAGAUUUAAGCCUCUCCUCCACCAUGUCUCCCACUGAGCUCAUGCCUUCUUCAUGUUUUGACUCCUUUGACUUUCCUCCUCCUGAGGGAUGCAAAAAGGAGGAGGCUGGUAGGGAGCAAGGUUCAUCAAGCUUUUUAAGUCUCAGGUCCUGGUUGGUGUCUGAGGGAUUGAUCUCUUCGGAGGGGGAACUGCUGGCUUCCUCUGGUGUUGAAGGGGAAUGGGGGGGUCUUCAGAUCCCUCUGUCUUCAUCCCCUCAAACUUCUUCCCCAAACUCCAAUUCCCUUUUCUCUCUUAAAAACUCUUCUCCAUCCAAUCCUAUUGCCUCUUGUAAAAAAGCAGCUCAGCCUUCCUCUGUGUCCUCUUCGGCCCAGCCCCAAAUGUCAUCCUCACUGAAAAACACUGAUCCGCCUCCUUCUAGUCCUCAACUUUCCUCUGCACUCACACCCCAAACCGAUACCAGUUCCUCCACCAUCUCCUCAACCUCUAAAACAACCCAAACACCAGUCUCUCCGUCAAAGUUCUCAUCCCCUCACAGAAGGAGGCAGCGUGCUCAUUCAGCAGCUUGUUUGACUAAAGUCACUCUUGAUACCCCACCCUCUGUGCCUCGACCAAUGGCUUACCAACACCCCUACCACCCUGAACCCUGGACGCCCGAGUCGCCGAUCCUGCUGCUGCUGUCGCGCUUCUCCCACGCCACCGACCCAAGUGCAGCUCUGGUCAGCUCAGGUGUCAUGUCCGGCUUGCUCUACUACCUCACAAAGCACCAGGACCCCAGCAGCAGGUGCCUCCGUAUGCUUUGCCGGCUGAGCUGCAACCCAAACUGUUUGCAGGCGCUGGUCCGAACCGGCUCGGUAGCGCUGAUUCGUCACCAUCUCUGCCAGAGAGGGGGAGGAUUUGAGGGAGAAGAGAAGCAGACGGACCGAGUGAAAGCCAAAGUUAAACAACUUGGUCUUGCUCUUCUUAACAACCUGCGUGUCCAGUGUGAGUCUGGAUUUGGCUCUGGGGUUCUUGCGCAUGUGAUGCUGUCGGGCUCUGAGUCUGACAAGAUGAACUGUGCGCUAUCUCUGCCAUUAAUCAGCAGCAACAAGUCCCUGUUGAAGAAGCUACUUCUGGACAGCGGGGGGCUGCUCUUGGCUCUGCAGCCCCUUGGUUGCAGUUACGAAGAAGCGGAUGAAGACCACCCCGCUGAAUGUGUAAGAUUGCUUUCUGAUUGGUUAAAUUCACCACAUUCAGGCCGGACAGCUCAGCUCCACUCCCUGUACUUCUCCCUUCUUAUGGGAUGCCUGUCUACCCUGAUGGGUGGCAUCAAAAUGGAGCUUGAAAAAAACCACUUAAAUCCAGUUACAACAAAAUCAGUCGGUAAAAUUGACGGAGUUUCACCCCCUCCCUCGAAAAAGCCUCGCCUGGCUGACAUCUGUCCUUAUGGAGACUCGAACUUUGACCUCCUCUUGCUGCUGGACGACGGGACUCGGGUCUCAGCCAAUAGGGAGGCUGUGGCCGGGGUGGAGGGGACAGACGGAGUCGGCUCUGAAUACUUUUGGGGUCUGUUGAGAGGUGGAUUUGAAGAAGCUCGGGGUAAUGCGGGAGAAGCCAUCCGCAUUGAAGAUGUCAGCACAGGUAUGCUGCUUCCAGUGCUGCAUUACCUGCAUGGAUGUCGCUUCACCAAGGACCCAGAAACAACAAGGGAAAAUGAUGAAAGAGAGAGGAGAGGAAAGUGUCAGAUCCUGGACACAUUGGUCCGUGAAGGACUGGGGAUCCACCAAAAAGACUUGGCUUUCCAGAAAACCGCUUUAGGCGAGAUGAUGAUUGGAGCGCGCAGAUUUUUGGUGACAGCGCUGCAGAGAGAGUUGGAGGACCUCUGUGUGUCUCUUCUCCUGCCAUCCUUCCCCAAGGCUGCAAGUCGUGCUGCAUCAGCUCCCAAAGAGGACAACGCUGAAAAGGCUGAAUCUAUAACCGACAAAGAGGGACUUGAGUCUGCAGAAGAGAGCCUGGCUAAUCGAACAUCUGAGUUAGAGUUGACCGGUUUUGAAGUCCAAACUGAAAAUUUACCAGGACAGACGAAGGACCCAAUAAUUUCCCUACACCAGACGGACAGUAAUGAAACCUCUUUCACUGGAAGAGUUCAAAAGGCCAGCAGAGGACUUAAUACAACUUCGGAUCAUAAGGCAAUCAAAAGCGACACACCUGUUUCCAAAUCAAUCCGUGUGUCAGUGGUGGACAAAUCACUUAAUCCAGAUCAGUUCAGGUUAAGACCAAAGAACUUGAUGAAAAGUUCAGCACAGCUUCUGCAACCAGCAGCUCAAGACUCCAGUUUUUCUUCAGAAGCCAGUGCAGAAGGUAGGGCCCUGGCCGCUCUCCUCCCCCACAUAUACUGGUUUUCCCAGCGGUACAGCUAUCCAGCACUGGGUCGGGCCUGCCUGUCUUUGCUGCUAGGCUGUCAGGACUGUCCUCGGCCCUUCUUGUCCACCUCCCUUGCUGGGGAUUGCCUUUGCACGCUUGCCAGAGAGGCCGACUGUACUGAGACUCUGAAACAGGAUCUACUAAGUCUGGCCACAUUAGCCCUGACUUAAGCAAAGAGGGAAAUAUUGAGUGGAGUGAUUGGUGGGAUGAAUUCAGAGGGAAUAGAUAAAUGGAGAGUCAACUUCGGGGCUUGUUAUAAGCUUCUAGAAAAGUUGCCAUUAAUUUAUAAAAGUGCAAGUGCAGUUUUCAAAAACAGGUGUUUGAAUUUCUUCAGCACUAAUAGAACUGACUGUUGAUUUAUUUUCAUAAACUGGAAGCAUACAUUUCUAUUUAGUUUUGAUGUAAUCUGAUAUAAACUUUAGUCUGUCCCAGCAUGACAUAAUUGUAUUAUAAUUUACUGUUGUUGGAUUAACUUCUUAUAACAUUUGUAUUGUGAUUUUUUUUUCCCCCAGGAAAAAGUCAAGACAAAUGUCCACAAUGCAUUUGAUAGUGUCAUUUAGCUGGAUGUACUGGAAUUAUCAGGGUUGGUCUAGGAGCCAGUUGUUUAUUUUGUACAUAGAGAUAUUAUGAAUUAGCAGAUAUAAUGUGUAUAGAUUCCAACUGUUAUUACAUAUUAAUUUAUACCACUGAAUAUAUUGUUGGAACACCACUUUGUUUUCGGUUUCUUGUUGUUGGAGUAUGGGGUUACAGAAUGGGCACAGUAAUCUGAUCACAUGUCUUUAGGGAGUUUCGUCGGUUAUAUUAUUUUACAACAGACAGUGAAACAGCAAUUGGUUGGAUUAACAUCAAUUCAUUCAUUAAGAUCAUUCUUCGUUGGUGUCCAGGGGAUGAAUCAUAAUUACACUGGUUAUCCCCUGACUUUUCAUUUUCAAGUCAAAUUUCCCACUUGUCCUACACUUGGCAUGCAAAUGCUACUAAUCUUAGCAUUUUAAAGGAUAUUGCUGGGGCUGGUGAUGUAUUAUCUUUUUCUUAUUAUCAAUAUGUUGCAUGAAAGACCAAAAGCAGCAGUGUGUUAGUCCGUCUCUCAAUACUAUAUCUUAGUAAUAUCUUGUUUGUUGCUCUUAGUCCCAAAUGCAUUGGUUCAUACUGAAGACAUCAACCUUUAAUAAUAUGUCAAGAAUAUGUCAUUUACUUUUAAAAAAACAUUUACUCAAAAAGCAGUGAAUUGUGUAUUUGCUGACAAUGUUCAUUGGUGGAUUAAUACACAUAAUUAUUAGAAUUUUAUUUGAGGCAGCAGGGCGUUGUAUGUGGGAUUGAAAAUAAGAUGUGUGUGUUCACGGAAAUUAUGUAACAUGCCACCAAGGCUUUGGUGACCCUUAGUGAUAAUACGUAAAAAGACACCAUAUGUGAUAGCAGUGCGUGCUGCGGUAACACUUGAAAUAAUAGAACAUGGUCCAGAUAAUGAGAUGUAAGGAGACAUUUCUGAUAUAAGUCUUGAGGGUUGAUUUAAAUUGAAUUAAAUUAAAUGAUUAAAAGAAAUGGCACUCAUUGUAAUACAGCACAAAGUGGUUUUAUUCCUUUCUGGUUGCAACGCUUGAAGGCAGUGCAGUCAAUAUAAUUAAUCCAAGUACACUGCUGACUGGAAACAUAGCUGAGAAAUAUGGCCGAUCUUCUCAGUGAUGGGAGUUCUCGAAGCCAUCAGGCAAAGCAUUGGUGUGAGUGUUGUGGAAUAGGGAAUGAUUUCCAUCACCCCAGGGAAAUUUCUGGAAGGAGACAUUAACACUUAGGUAAAGUCAACAAUGGAGGGAAAAACCAUUAAUAUUCAUCCUAUACCAUUUCUUUACUGGAAGGGUGUCGUUCUGGAAAUCCUGCUGAAAGAGUUGGAGCAUAUGUGUGAGUUUGAGACAAACCUUGGUGCGGAUACGCAGGUGAGGAUAUGCCACGAAUUCUGGCUGCGAGUGCGAGUGCGCCUGCAUCUUCAUGUAGGCAUUAGCCAUGCAGACGCCAACACCAGGAAUGGCCAACACAAUGGUCAGUAUUUUCCAGGUCCUCGCUGUGGAAAACACAGCCAGUGAAAGUACAUGACAGCAGCACUCAAGAGGGCAAAAUGAAUUAUAGCAACUCUACAUAUCAACAAUACAGUAUAAUUCCUGAUCAUUUGCCAAAGAGCAGGACAGCUGCCAGCUCUGCAGACUUUUAAGUUAAUGUUCAACAAAAGGUUGCAGCUAUACGUGACUCAGAGUUGCAGCUGCAUGCAGAAGCUCUGAAUCUGGAGGCUUUGAUGCAUUUUUGUUGUAUUUGGUUGAGAGCAACUGUAAAGACACACUGACCUCCACCCUCAUGGCUUGAAUGUGACGCAGCAGCAAACACCUGACGAGCUGCAAAGGCGGCGGGAGAUAGAGACAUCUGUAAAAGUGGAUAGGGAGAAAAAAGAAAAGCGUUGAUAAACACCUGAAGUAUAUUUUAUGUUCUGCAUGAAAUGAAAAUGAUAGUUUAUGCUUCAAUUUCUUGUAAUGUCAAAGGAGGUUCAUAAACUUGAGCCAAAACACUCAGACCAAUGUUAAAAUAAUGACUAAUCAAGUAAAGAGAACCUAUACAGCCAUUUAAGCAUCAUAUAUUUGUCAUAAUUUGCAUAAUAAAUGUCAUAUGGCCCUGUACAAACAAGCAGUAACUGUACAACAGCAGGCAGUUGGGGCAAGGCCUACUAGUAUUUCUGUGUUUUCAGAAGUUGUGGUAACCCUACUGAAAUUAAAAUACAAGAAAAACAGGUUAAAACUUACUGUUCUUCAGGCAGGCAAUAUUUAUUGCCCUCUUAUUUUUGUGGUUCUGGUUCUGUCGAACCUGUUGCUCACUUAAUUUACUCCUCCUUUCUGGUUGUUUGUCCUUCAGUCUGUCCUGAUCUGAACUCAGUCUGUCAGACUCCUCCCCAUUUCAAUCUGUCCCUGCGCAAAGAAGCUUAGUUCAUAUUUGGGCAAGUGAAAGGCGUGCUGAUAUGUGAGGAAGGUUGUGGGGGCGGAAGUGUGCUUUUCUUAAAGAAGCCUGUGCCAUUACACUGCUGUCUCUGAGCCACGAUGACUGUGAAAUCUAUGCACAUUUUAGGACCUAGAUGCGAAUAAACAACACAAAUUACAUUAUGAAUAAAACAGUUUAUAAACCAAGUGUUUCAGGUGCACGGGAUUGUGUUUGGCAGCUCAGUGGGAACCGAAUCCCAUAAUGAUUGAUAAGUUAUGGCUAAUUCUGGUCCAUAUUCCAAGUCCAAGUUCAUAUUUAGUUUGGCCCACUCAGCCUGUGCUUAAGUGUUGACUAGGUUUGUUUGGUAACUUAGAUUUAUGACCUUCUGUGAAAAAAACAUGUAAAAGAGACUAUUAAAAACAUUUAUUUUAAUUUUUUUCUUAAGAUAGCUUCUCCACCAGGUGGGGCAGUGUUGCAAUGAGUUCCUCCUUCAGACUCGUGUCCUUUCAUCAUUUGUGUUACACAGGCUCACUUCUGCAGUAGGGUUUCCUUCCUCUUGGUUAGAGUUGGACUGCUCCAGUGACUCUGUAUAAUGUUUAAAUUAAAGUUAAAUUUGAAUAAAA